UUAAUCUGAGGAACUGGGAGCGAGAGUGUGAUUGGAAGUUACUGCUAGCCAUACGGUUAGCUCGAGUGGGAGGGUUGCUCGCACAGUCGCUGUUGUCACACGACAGGACAUAUGUUUAUUAAGACAAACCGGCGGCGCUCAUGACGUUAUUAUUGUUAUUAUUCAUAUUUUGAACUCUCUUAUGAGUGUGUAGCGUAAAAUGGCGAGUUGACAUUCUGACUCUGAAAAGUGGAAAAUCGGAUUAACGUUCAAGAUUGCGCACCAAACCCUAUCAUUUGUGUCGCUGGCUCCCGUUGCUGCGAGCAGAAGAUAUCAGAUAGAGAAAGGCUGAUAGCUAGAUUGGUCAAUGACAUUUGAAAUAUACCGAUACCGGACUCGAUUGUAGUAGUUUAUCAGCACGGAUCGAUUGUUUUAUAUUUCUGUUAGCAAGGGAAGGCAAUCCUGUUGGUGUCUGCGGAAGAUGGCCAGAUUGUCGUUUUAUUAUGAUGCCCUGUGACCCGUGUUACCAGCUGUUGUUCGGGUUAGACUAAAUUAGCUGUAUUCGGAGAGUUAUACCUGUCUGGCGAUCCGAAUUUGAAAAGAUUUCAGACCCAUUGGAGUAGCUGGCUACUUAGCGACCUCCUCUUGCCCUGACUGGCACAAACAAACACGGAGAAUACUCUGUGCUCUUUUACUGCCUAAUUAAUCCUCGCUGAACUGUGCGAAGAUGUCGUCUAAAGAGCCGAAAGAAAAACUGUCGACCACUGAACGAAUCAUUAAAACAGUGCCACUGCCCCCUCACCAGCAACUGACAAUAAAGGACCUAUUUGUGGAUGGCAAGCCCAAUGCUGAGGUGCUGAAAAACCAUUUUGUCAAAGAGGGACGUGUGGAGGAGGAAGUAGCUCUGCGCAUCAUAAAUGACGGUGCCAACAUCCUCCGGCAGGAGAAGUGCAUGGUAGAGGUGGAUGCACCAAUCACUGUAUGUGGUGAUGUCCAUGGACAGUUCUUUGACCUCAUGAAGCUUUUUGAAGUCGGUGGCUCCCCUGACAACACACGCUAUCUGUUCCUGGGUGAUUAUGUAGACAGAGGAUAUUUCAGUAUUGAGUGUGUGCUAUUCCUGUGGACACUGAAGAUCAACCACCCCAACACUCUCUUCCUCCUCAGAGGCAACCACGAGUGUCGGCACCUCACAGAAUACUUCACCUUCAAACAGGAAUGUAAAAUAAAGUAUUCAGAAAGGGUUUAUGAUGCAUGUAUGGAGGCUUUUGACUGCUUGCCCCUUGCAGCUCUCCUGAACCAGCAGUUCCUCUGUGUACAUGGUGGUCUCUCACCAGAAAUCAACUGCUUAGACGACAUUAGGAAAUUAGACAGGUUUAAGGAGCCCCCGGCAUUUGGGCCUAUGUGUGAUUUGAUCUGGGCUGAUCCAGGAGAGGACUACGGCAGUGAGAAGACAGCAGAACACUUUAACCACAACUCAGUCAGAGGCUGCUCCUAUUUUUUCAGUUACGCAGCAGUCUGUGACUUUCUGACAAACAAUAACUUGUUGUCAGUAAUUAGGGCACAUGAAGCACAAGACGCUGGGUACAGGAUGUAUAGGAAAAGUCAGACAACAGGCUUCCCUUCAUUAAUUACCAUUUUCUCAGCACCAAAUUACCUAGAUGUAUAUAACAACAAAGCCGCUGUAUUGAAAUAUGAAAACAACGUUAUGAACAUUAGACAGUUCAACUGCUCACCUCAUCCGUACUGGUUACCCAACUUUAUGGAUGUGUUUACGUGGUCACUGCCCUUUGUGGGUGAGAAAGUAACUGAGAUGUUGGUAAACGUGCUAAACAUCUGCUCUGAUGAUGAACUCAUGUCAGAGGGUGAUGACUUAUGUGAAGGUGGAACUCCAGCUGUCCGAAAGGAGGUGAUCAGAAAUAAGAUCCGUGCCAUCGGCAAAAUGGCCAGAGUCUUCUCUGUGCUCAGGGAAGAGAGUGAGAGUGUACUGACCCUCAAAGGGCUCACCCCAACCGGAACGCUACCACUAGGAGUGUUGUCUGGAGGCAAGCAGACCUUACAGAGUGCCGCCAUAGAAGCAAAGGAGGGUCAAGCCAUCCAAGGCUUCUCUCCUACACGGAAGAUCCGCAACUUUGAAGAAGCUCGUGGCCUGGACCGAAUAAACGAAAGGAUGCCUCCUCGGAAGGACAGCCAACAACCUGACGGUACCACAGUUAACACUGCCAAUGAAAAAAAUGGCACUGACGGGAAGGCGUAAGGAGAGGUUUUGCACUUUUCCUCUCUUCCAUAGCAUGUCCUAUUUCUCUGCCACGUUUUCCAUGAGACAGUCCCCUCAACUGCCGGAUCCUGCAGAUGAGGGCCUGGGAUGUGGAGAGAAACCAUUCCACAAAGAGAAAGAGAGAGUGAAAUCACCUACAACUAAGUACAAACAUGAGAUUUUAUUUAUUUAAUGAAAUGUAUUAGAUGUAUUUGAUAGCUACAUUUUAAAGAAAAGUGAACAUUUAAAGGUAAACAGUCACGAUGUGUCAAAUUUAAACAGCAACUUUGUAACUUGAGGUAAGAUUUGUGGGUUACAGAUGCUGUACAGAUCAGAUCUCGUUAAUCCCAGUUUUCUAAUAUUGUAUGUCAUAAUGUAUUUGGAAAGGGGAUUGUUUAACUGAAUAUUCUUAUGUGUGGUAUCAACGCUUAUGUCCAUAAGGGAUUUAUUAAGAGAAAACAAACCUAAUGGAAAUAAGUUAUGGUUGUCGAAAAAGAUUUUAUAUCUAUUAAAGUAAAACUAAACUCUUUAAUAUUAUUCCAUGUCUCUUCAAUUUUGUUUGAGUAAAAUUAAGACUAAAUAUAAAUUUAAGCUGCUUUGGGUUCCAUUUGUUUCAACAGUACAAACUAGCAUUUAUAUUUGUAUAUUUGUUUUACCAGGGAACACAGCACGUUUUUAACUGCAAUCCUUAAUAGAAUGUUUUUGAUUCUGCUUGUGUGAGUGAAGAAAAAAAAAAAAAACUGUCUUUAUCUUUCUUAAAACUGUAUUGAAAGUUGUAUCUAUAGCUAUUAAUCGGCAGAGACGUUAAGACAAGCAUUGAUUCCCUCUUCCUCCAUUCUUUCUUUUGCCACACUUCACUUUUUGCUAUUUGUUUGAAAGAUGAUAUAUGAGAUUUAUAAUGUCAUGCAACAAACCAGUAUAUAUAUAUAUAUAUAUAUAUAUAUAUAUAUAUAUAUAUAUAUAUAUAUAUAUAUACACACACACACACAAACACACACACACACAGUAGGAUCUAUUAGCAUGUCUAUAGUUUUAUGUAUAAAUGUAACCGCCAAUGUGGGACUUUUUGGAAACUUGAAGUUGCUUUGAUCUAUUCGCUCAAAAGCCAAAGUCUUAUAGUCAACAUGGUAAUUGGUUAAUUAAUUUUAGCUGUAAUGAGUUAGAGUGCAAAUGUACCCUAUUUGGGGCAAUGACGGGGAGGUAAUGGCCUGGGUCUAUUGUAUGUCCUUCAUGCCAUUACCCAGUCUUUCGCUGGGAACAGGAAAGUGAGCUUGUAUGUACAGACUGCAUAUACAGACUAUCGUUUUCAACUGGUUUGUGCGUGAGAUAUUAACAAAGCAUGUUAAAACUUAUUUAAAAAAAAAAAUUCAAACUGACUUUGUGGUUUGAGCUGUAACACUAUGUGAGGUAUUGUGUGAGAAUCUUUUUUUAACGUGGCUGCUUGUUUUAACUGAGGUUUAGGGAAAGUUAUGGUGUGUCUCCAUCUAGUGUUUAACUAAAGAACUGUCAAAGACUUCCCUCCAUCUCUCUCAAGGGUGUACAGGAGAAAAGCAUUAAUAAGCCUCAUAUGUAGUGGUCUUUAUUCAUUUUAACAAGCAGAAAUCUGUGAGCAGUAUGUUUAUGUGGUUUUAAAGCAGGUUUGAUCAUGAUUGCCAUGAUGUUGAAUGUCUAAUGCUAUGCACAUGAGCAAUCCCAUUUUCUGGGUCAUACUGUAUCUUUAUAUACUUACUGAAUCCCCCAUUUGCCAUGGUGUUUUCUGAAAGUGUUAAAUGUAACAUUUUAAACAAAAGUUAAUUUUGUAAUAUGUUUCAGUGGUUUAUUGAGACCAGUUAAGUUUUUCUCUCUCUCUUUUUUUUCUUCUUCAAAUAUUGGACCAUUUCUUCACACAAGACAGAUUUGAAAGCGGUAACUUAAAUUUAAAUCUGAAUUCAAAUCUAAUAUUAUGAUCAAAUAUUGUGCUCAUUUCAAGUUCCAUUUUAGAUGGAUGUACUCUUCGCAGCUUACAGCUUUUAACUGAGAGAAAUAAACGUGGAAUUACUUUGCAGCCAAACGUUUUCUUUAUGUGUGAGUGCAAACUGGUUUGCGAGAUCAAAUCAGUGCAGUAUGUUUGUGAACAUUAUAAGGGAAAUAAGGGAAAUUUGUGUGCACUAUAGAUGUAAUUCUCCCUGGUGUCACGCAUGAUGUUACUACAAUGAUUUGUAUGUAUUUCCAAUGGUACAAUGGUAUGAAUAGUUCACCCAAAAAUGAAAAUUCUCUCAAUUUUUACUCACCCUCAUGCCAUAUGUGUAUAACUUUCUUCUGUUGAACUCAAAGAUUUUUGGAAAAAUAUCUCCAUGUCUUCAGAAGUGAUAUGAUUGGUGUGUUUGAGAAACAGAUCAAUAUUUAAAUCCCUUUUUACUAUCAAUCUCCACUUUCACGGUCUUUGGAUUUUGCCGAUUUGCAUCAGCGUUAUUAUAGUUUUGGAUUUUUUAUGUAGUUUUUAUUUGUAUUUGACAUUCAAUUUGUCAUUACAAUUUAGUUUUGUUAGUUUUCACAGUUUGUCUGUUAUAUUGUUUCAUUUUCUUUUUUUUAGUUUCAGGUUAGUUUUUGUUUUAGCAUUUUUUUAUUGCUGCCAAAGCUGAGCAUUUACUGGUGUAAUUUAAAAAGUCUAACAUUACAUUUCUAUGGGCAGUCUUGUGUUAUCUCUAUCUUGUGGUAUUUUCAUGUUUAAUGUGGAUUGUAAAUGUUGCACAUUUUAUAAUAUAGGGUGAAUAUGGGCAAAGUGACAAAAUACAUUUAAGCUUGAUCCACAUUGUAUCCACAUGAUUAUAAUCAUUACUAAACUAAUCUUUGUGGAGUAAACGAUUAAAGGGAUAGUUCACCAAAAAACAAAGUUCUCAGAUAAUUUACUCAACCUCAUGACGUCCCAGAUGUAUAUGACUUACUUCUGCUGAACACAAAUUAAGAUUUAUAGAAGAAUAUUUCAGCUCUGUAGUUCCUCACAAUGCAAGUCAACAGGACCCAAAACUUUGAAGCACUAAAAAAGGCAGCAUAAGAGUUAUGCAUAUGACUCCAGUGGUUAAAUCAAUUUCUUUAGAAUCAAUUCUUAAAUCUUAAGAUCUAAUAUAUUAAGUCUAUUUCAAGCUCAAUCAUAUUUCCCAGUACCAUCUAGAACUCUGCGAACUCUACUAGUAAGUGUAAUCGAGCUUGAAAUCAUGGUCGUUCCUGUAGACUGCAAUUGGAAGAUGUACAGUGGAAAAAGGAAUUACAUUUUGGUCAGUUCUCACCCAAAACAGAUGGAAUCACUUCAGAAGACAAUGAUUAAACCACUGGAGUCUUAUGGAUGACUUUUUUGCUGCCUUUAUAUGCUUUUUAAAGCUUCAAAGUUUCAGACCCCAUUCACUUGCAUUGUAUGGACCUACAGAGCUGAAAUAUUCUUCUAAAAAAUCUUUGUGUCCUGCUGAAGUAAAGUCAUAUACAUCUGGGAUGGCAUAAGGGUGAGUAAAUUAUAAGAGAGUUUAUAUUUUGGGGUCAACUAUCCCUUUAUCUUUUUGAGGUUUAAAAUGUAUGAAUUUUACUCUGGGAUGUGUGGCAGAACUUAUUUCAUGACCACUGGUGGGAAAAGAAAUGGUAAAGAAAAUGACAGAACUUUUAGGUAAAUCGAGUUAAGCUUAUAAACAUGUAAAAGUUAACUUAAUGUUAUGAUGUGGAAGUGUAGAAGAAAAUAUAAAAAAUAAUUGUAAAUAUUAAUUUAAAUAAGGGUUAGUUGCUUUCCCCGAUUGGUCUGAAUAACUCGGUGCUGCCUGCUCUAUCGUGUCUGUCCGUGCGCUCUCAAGAGUCCUCUUUGCUCCGCGACUUUAAUUAUUGCGUGAGAAAAGGAACGUGUGGCGUGAGAGGUCACACUGGACCGUGACGCGAACUGUUUAUCCGUAAAAGUGAAGCUUCCGUCAAAACGCAUCAUAAUAAAAGCACGAUUUAAAAUUAAAGUUAGAUGCUUGAAAUUGAAGUAAAUAAAAAAAAUGUAAUACAAGUAUAUUAACAAUACAACUGUAUAUUAAAAUGUAAUGUUCUCUGUAGUAAUAAUAAUACAAAUAAUUAAUUAUAAGAAUUAAUAGAUUAGACACCAUUUUGAUGAUUCAAUUAAACUUUAAAACAUGUUCUGGAAAACAAUAAUAAUUAGUAAUUAAAAUAAUAAUUAAAAUUAAUUAAACUUAUGUGUUCAAUAGCACAUUAUCAUAGCAUAUUUUUGCUGUGGUAUCGAAAUUCGUAUCGAGAACCGUGAAAUUUCACUGGUAACAAUACUGACUUUUAUGGUGACAACACUAAUUCUCAGUAGGCCUAUUGGAUAUUUUUUAAUAUUUACUUUUGACUAAGAAGACAUCCUAAGCUUUCUUUAAAGGUAAUGUUAGAUUAUUUGUAAUUUGGAUCAUAAUUCAUAGUGUCAAGAAAAGAAACAAUUCCAAAAUUGUCCCACUUAUUAUUAUGCGGAGUGGUGGUAGUGUAGUGGUCUAAUCACAUAACUUGUAAUCUGAUAAUCAGAAGGACACUGGUUCAAGCCCCACAGCCACCACCAUUGUGUCUUUGAGCAAGGCACUUAACUCCAGGUUGCUCCAGGGGGAUUGUCCCUGUAAUAAGUGCACUGUAAGUCACUUUGGAUAAAAGCGUCUGCCAAAUGCAUAAAUGUAUUAUGUUAAAACCUAAAACUAAAAUGAACUUGAGAUGCAUUUUAUUUUAGUUUGUUAUUUCCAAUUAUUUUUUAUUUUAGUUAAUUAAAAUGAUUGUAGUUUGUUUUUGUUAACUAAAAUAACACUGAUUUGCAUGAUUCAUGCAUAUCACCACCUACUGGGCAGUGAGGAGAAUUUAUAGUAAAAAAGGACUUAAAUAUUGAUCUGUUUCUCACCCACGCCAUCAUAUCACUUCUAAAAAUAUAGAUUUAACCACUGUCUUGUGGAUUACUUUUAUCCUGCCUUUAUGUGAUUUUGGAGCUUCAAAAUGUUGGUACCCAUUCAGUUGCAGUGUGAGGAACAACAAAGCAAAAUACAUUCUUCUAAAACUGUAUGUUGCAGUUCAGCAGAAGAAAGAAAGUCAUACAGAUCUGGGAUGACAUGAGGGUGAGUAACUGAUGAGAGCAUUUUCAUUUUUGAGUGAACUAUCCCUUUAAGCAGCUGAUCUCACACACACACACACACACGUUAUACCAUUACCACAUACUAUUUCCUUUAAUGGUUUAACAGGGUGUGGGUGGGCAAACCUGGCCUAAGUUCAGUGCAUAAUGGCAAACGCAACAAUUGGUCAAUGUUGUGCUUCAUAGAAAGCUCAGACGAAGGACCAGAGGCAGUUAGAGUCUACGUUCUAUUGUAUUUAAGAGUUGGUCAUGAAAGCUUCUGUUUGCAUUGUGUCUAUUAUCUCAAAGUGUGAUUGUUAAAAGAGCUGAACUGUUCAGUAUUAGACCUUGAAAGGCUCAGUCCCUGAAACACAUGUCAGAAUGUAUAGAAAUGUUGUUUAUGCACAAUCAUUGUAACUAUAAAUAAAAUAUGGGGAUUUUUUUAGCAAUCCUUUUGUCAAGUACUUGUAAUGAGAGUCCAUCAUGAUUUAAUGAUAUUAUGUAGAUGUAUCACUUAAGAAGAGAAAUAAAAAUGGAAUACUGAAGACCUCUGGUCAUAUUUUCUUUCUAAAAAUGC